AGUGGCCAACGAGUCCUUGGUUAGCAGGUGCACAGGAUACGUUCUCCCCCCUCUCCGUUCCGCAGCGCAGGGCCGCCUAUCUCCUCGUUUUUCAGGAAACGGUGCUGCCUCCGGCCCCACGGGAUGGCCUCCGGAACCUCGGCAGGUCGCGAGCCGUACGACGAGGAGGCCGCGAGCCGCCGCCCGCUCGAGCUCGGCGUCCGCGACUCCGCCCCCGCUUCCGCCUCCGACCACCGGUCUGGAAAUAUUGUGCCUAGAUAUCAGGUGGGGUGUACUAAAGCUGAUACAAGUAAGAGAUACUUGGAGGGAUGGCAUAAGAAGCAAUCUAGUACAGAUGAUGUACGCAAGAGCAAGUCAGGAUACUUCACGGCAUUCGGGGUGGACCUAUCUCCUGAUAAUAUGGCAGUUGCCAUUGUAUAUUUUGUGCAAGGGGUCUUAGGCCUUGCCCGACUUGCUGUGAGCUUUUACUUAAAAGACGAUCUUCACCUUGAUCCAGCUGAGACUGCAGUUAUAUCUGGCUUCUCAUCCUUGCCCUGGUUGAUCAAGCCAAUCUAUGGCUUUAUCAGUGAUUCUAUUCCACUAUAUGGGUAUCGAAGAAGAUCCUAUCUUAUUCUGUCAGGAUUUCUUGGAACACUUUCAUGGAGUCUGAUGGCUACAGUAGUGAACAGUAAAUAUGGUGCAGGAUUCUCUAUUCUUCUUGGAUCACUUUCUGUUGCCUUCUCAGAUGUUGUCGUAGAUUCUAUGGUAGUUGAGAGAGCUCGUGGCGAAUCACAAAGUACAUCUGGAUCUCUCCAGUCUCUAUGUUGGGGGUCCUCGGCAUUUGGUGGAAUUGUGAGCGCAUAUUUCAGUGGUUCGCUUGUGGAUGCAUAUGGAGUAAGAUUUGUCUUUGGUAUUACGGCAUUUUUACCAUUGAUGACAUCUGCUGUUGCAGUUCUUGUAAAUGAACAUCGCCUGACUCCUGGAGAACAUGCUAUGUCAGUCUCUGGUUCAGGAUUCAUUGAGAGCUCAAUACAGCACAUCAAGCAGCUAUGGACUUCUGUAAAGCAACCUAACAUUUUCUUGCCGACCUUGUUUAUAUUCCUCUGGCAAGCAACACCACACUCAGAGUCAGCCAUGUUUUUCUUCAUCACAAAUAAGCUUGGAUUCACUCCAGAGUUUCUAGGGCGUGUAAAACUCGUUACUUCCAUUGCAUCCUUGCUCGGUGUCGGAAUUUAUAACUAUUUUCUGAAGGCAGUUCAUCUGAGGAAAAUAUUUCUUGUGACAACCAUCAUAGGUUCAGCCCUUGGAAUGACACAGGUUCUUCUUGUCACUGGGCUUAAUAGGCAGUUUGGGAUCAGUGAUGAGUGGUUCUCCAUUGGAGAUUCGUUAAUCAUCACGGUCCUUGGCCAGGCUGCAUUUAUGCCAGUUUUGGUGUUAGCUGCAAAAUUGUGCCCUCCAGGAAUGGAGGCGACUUUGUUUGCCACUUUGAUGUCCAUUUCUAAUGCUGGAAGUGUUACGGGUGGUCUUGUCGGUGCUGGUCUAACAAAGAUUUUUGGAGUCACUAGGGAAAGCUUCGGAAAUCUACCUCUGUUGAUUAUUGUAUGCAAUCUCAGUUCCUUGCUGCCCUUGCCUCUUCUAGGUCUCCUUCCAGACGAAACAGGAGAUUCAGAUAAUGAAGAAACAAAACACAGCUGAUUGAGGUUGUCUUUUAUAAUGUGUUCAAAUUCUCAAGUAUAGUAUGGCUUAGCCCCAUUUCAACUGAGGUAAUAGACAUGGCUGUUCCCCAGUACUAGUUCAGCAAAUCAGUAGGGAAAUAUGAUAUACUACAGUUUUCACUGCUGUCAUGAAAACACCAAGAUCAAUCAUCUUGAUUUGGUUAUCAGAAAAUGGAACCCGAUGCUAUGGAGCACAGGUACUUCUCUUUCUUUUAUGUAGCCAACAUGUAACAAGACAAUGUGAUCUCUAUGUAACUAAUGUAACCCCAUGAAAAGGUUGAAUAGUAACCUAACUCCCUUACCGAUUUUGGAUAUUUUACCCUGUGGGAGCUGUACUAUGGAAAGUAUAGAUUAUGAAGAAACAAAUUAUUUCAAAAAAUAAAAUAAAAUUAUGAAGAAACAAACACAUCUCCAUACCGUGGAUUGUGAUACAAUACCAGGUCUUCUUUUAACAUUAUAUUUCCAUCUGGAUGCAUCCCAUUAAGUUUCUGUGGAGUUUGCGACAGGAACAUGCGACGCGUUUGGUUGGGACACAGGAAGGGAAAGGAAAUGGGUAGCCUACUGAUGCCGGCCCUGUAGAAGAUGCUGGAUGACGGAUGUGAAGGGAAAUCCUCUCACGACGGCGCUGCUGCUCAAAGUGGCGAAGGGAAAUCGGCGGUGCUGCUACGUGACGGCAGCAACGGGAGAUCGACGGCGCGCCGCUGCUCACGGUGGAGGGAGAUCGCCUGCUUCGUUGUCCAUGGCGGAGAAGGGAGAGGGCCGGCCGGCUUCGUUGUCCACGGCGGAGAAGGGAGAGGGCCGGCCGCCGGCGUUGUUGCUGACGGAGGCGAAGGAAGAUCUCCGGCGCUGCUGAAUGCUGCUCGUGCUCGUGGUGAAGAAAAUAUCGACUAGCGGUGAACAGAGAGACGCGAUCGAUACCGGGCGAGAGGUGUUAUUCCAUACCACUGCAUCCGGGCUGUUUUCGAUUUUGCGAAGAGCCGUUUCCGAUUACAUGGGAUCUGAAACCGGCCCGACUCAAACAAACGCACGUAACAUAAUCAGAAGCCGAUGUAAUGAGAAGACGGGGAAAAAGUCGCAAACCAAACGCGUCGAUGUACUCUUUGUAAGCGCAGACCCCUGGUGUGCCCUGAGGUCAUCUUUGAAGCAUGAUUCUAGUUUCUCCACACAUGAAAUCACAAAUAAUGAAGCUGUGGUUCCAAUAUCC